AUGGCUUCAUCAUGUCCAUAUCUUCUCGAUAGCCUUCUUGCCCUCUCCGCCUUACAUCUUGCCUCUGUUGAAGAAGAAAACCGAGCUUCGUGGCUGGACACUGCCCUCAAUUACCAAGGCCAGGCAUGCUCUGGGCUAGGGAAAGUUGUCACAGACCUCUCACAGCCAGACUUUGAGCCCGCAUUCGUGGCUUCAAUCUUCAUUCUCCUCCUCGCCUUGGGAUUCAAGGCCAUCUCCCUCGAUAAUCAACCCCAGAACCCGGUGUCAGUAAUACUCGAAGUUCGAAACUUGAUAUCUGGACCGGCUAUGAUUUUCAAUCGAAUCCACGCCGCUGGUGGUAGUGACCAGCUGGCAGGAUUGCUGUGUGUUACUGAGACACAGGAAAGUCUGCAGGGUGGGAAGCAUUCCAAAGACAUCGUUACAUCGCUCGACCAGCUAGGAUCUACGAUCGAUGCAAAAGAAGACUUGAACAAGGACACUUAUCGAGGCACGUGGCAGCUUCUAUAUCAAGCCAUCGAGCCAUGGCCCAAGAUUGGACCACAUGGCGGUAUCAUAGCAUGGCCUCUAUUCCUGAGCGACGAGUUCUGCUCCCUUCUUCAGAAUGACGAGUGGAUGGCUCGCAUUUUGUUUCUUCAUUACGGACUCGCUAUGCAUCUUUUGUGCAAUCGGUGGUACGUGCGCGACUGGGGCCGCCGGCUGGUCAUGGCCACUCUGGAAGCGUUGGACGAAAUUCCGCAAGAGUGGAAUGAUACUAUCGCGUGGAUUAAGAAGGCGGCUCAGAGUGCUGAGUCAUGA